AAAAACGCUUGCUUUGCCCCGACCCGACUACCGGUGCCAUAGGACGGCAGCUGCUCCGGCUGCUUUCACUCCCUUCUCCGUCACCUGCCCCCUUCCUCUAGUUCGUGCCAAGUGCCCGUGGCUACCAGCGCCACCGCCGCCUGGUCAACAGGAACCCAGAUUUUUGCCCGGCGCUGUCCAGCCACGCGGCCGCGCUUCUAUCUAAAAGCUUUUGCCACACCAACGCUCUCAGCAGCUGGCUCCCUUGCUGAGAGAGGAAUCGGCCAAGAAGAGAAGGCGGAGAGGAGAUGAAGACCCGGAGCUCCGCGAGGGGGGAGCACAGGCGGCUCGGGAAUGUGGCUCUCCUGGCCCUCAUGCUCUGCUCCGUCGUCGCCCUCUCCCUCAUCCGGGGGAGGUUCGCCCCAAUCGUCAACAGUGCCGGAGACGCCAUCAAAUCCGAGGAGGCGGCGGCCGCGGUGAGCAAGGCGGCCGUCAACAUUGACACUGGCGACAGCGCCGACGAGGCCGCCGCGGAAGCUGCUGCGGAGGAGAAAGACAAGGAGGAGCCCGAGCCCAACCCCGCCGCCAAGCCGGUGUGCUACGAGACGAGCCGCCGCUCCGACACCUGCGAGGCGGCCGGCGACGUGCGCGUGAUGGGGAGCAGCCAGACCGUGUACGUCGACACGCUGGACCGGGAGUGGAAGACCAAGCCGUACUGCCGGAAGCACGACAACUUCGCGCUGUCCCACGUCAAGGAGUGGACCCUCAAGCCGCUCCCCUCCGGCGCGGCGCCGCGGUGCACGGUCAACAGCUCGGCCACCGCCUUCGUGCUCUCCACCGGCGGGUUCACGGGCAACCCUUUCCACGACUACACGGACGUGCUGAUCCCGGUCUUCAUCACGGCGCACCCCUUGGGCGGCGAGGUGCAGUUCCUGGUGAGCAGCUACAAGUCGUGGUGGGUGAACCGGUACAUCCAGAUCUUCCAGCAGAUGAGCCGGCACGAGGUGGUGGACAUCGACGCCGACGACGAGGUCCGGUGCUACCGCAACGUGGUGGUGGGGCCGACGUUCCACCGGGAGCUCGGCGUGGAUGCGUCCAAGACGCCGUCGGGCUACUCCACGGCCGACUUCCGCAAGAUGCUGCGCGACGCGUUCGGGCUGGAGCGCGCGACGGCCACGCCGAGCGGCGACCAGUGGGACAUCCGGCGCCGGCCGCGGCUGCUCAUCAUCUCGCGGCGUCCCUCCCGCGGCCGCGCGUUCAUGAACGAGCGCGCGAUGGCGGACAUGGCGGCGAGCCUCGGGUUCGACGUGCGGAUCGGGGAGCCCGACACGAGCACGGACACGUCCAAGUUCGCGCGGCUGGUGAACUCGUGCGACGUGAUGGUGGGCGUGCACGGCGCCGGACUGACCAACAUGGUGUUCCUGCCGGCCGGCGCCGUGGUGGUGCAGGUGGUGCCGUACGGGAGGCUCGAGUGGCUGGCCCGGAACACGUUCGCGGAGCCGUCGGCGGGGAUGGAGGUCCACUACCUCGAGUACGCGGUGCAGCUGGACGAGACGACGCUGAGCGAGCAGUACCCGAGCGACCACCCGGUGCUGAGGGACCCCAUGGCCAUCCACAAGCAGGGGUGGAACGCGCUCAAGACCACGUACCUGGACAAGCAGAACGUGCGGCCGCACCUGGGGCGCCUCAAGAACACCUUCCUCCAGGCGCUCAAGAUGCUGCCGCACGGCCGGGACGAUUAGAGGGUAGGUGUAUAGCUUAAUUAAUGGUAAUUACUACUUUUUUUGGCUUGUUUUUUCUUCUUUAUUUGUUCGUAUGAGUAAGAGGGCGCUCCAGUACCAGCAAGUAGUAGUGGCAGUGCUACUGUGAAUGGGAUCGCAGAGACAAAUUCUAGUGUUUAACUGUUCAUAAGUUAUCUUUUUUUUUCUUUUCCAAUCUCCCUUUUUGGAGUAUGUAUGGUGCUCUGCUCGCUGCUCCAUGACACAAGUGUCAAGAGCCGGAGGAUUAAUAAAAUCAAAGUGGAGCUUUCUUUGUUCUGUGCUAAA